AUGGGGAAAACCCCACAUCUUCAAGGAGACAGAGGCCUGGAUGGGUUCCCUGGAAAGCCAGGAGUGGAGGGGAAACAGGGCCCUCCUGGCAGCCCUGGCCCUCCUGGUGCAAGUGGGACCAAAGGAGACAAGGGUGAACCAGGUCUUCCAGGAUUGCCUGGCACUUCAGUGCAUAUUGAAGGCCUAAAAGGAGAGGAAGGAAAGCCUGGGCCACGAGGACCACAAGGCCAACCUGGACUUCCUGGACCUCCAGGGCAGCCUGGUCUGGAAGGCAAGCCUGGAGUCCCUGGUUUGCCAGGCCAAAGGGGUAAAAAGGGAGAACCAGGAUUCCCAGGAAUCAAUGGUCUGAUCGGCCCUCAGGGACCUCCAGGGCCCCCAGGCACUACUGGACCCCCAGGACCACCUGGGCCACCGGGACUGCCAGGAGAGAUUGGAGUUUCUGGUAAAACUGGACCACCUGGACCAGCUGGGCUGCCUGGCAAAGAUGGGCUCCCAGGGCUCCCAGGGCUUCCAGGUCAAAAGGGAGAACGGGGGGAAAAGGGUGAGGAAGGCUUUCCUGGAAAAGCUGGCCUUAAGGGUGAACCAGGAAGCCGUGGCCAACCUGGUGAGCAGGGUGAAGCAGGUUUUCCUGGUCCUAGGGGCUUACCUGGACUGAGAGGAGAAAAAGGAGACCAGGGAGAAAAGGGAAGAGACGGUCUCCCAGCAAUGAAAGGUGAAAGAGGAGAAAAGGGUGACACAGGUUCCCCUGGACCCCCAGGCCUACCUGGAACAACAGCCUUUGUCACCCCACACCCCAGGAUUCCUGGUGAACCUGGACCAAAAGGGGACAAAGGAGAUCAAGGAAUGAGUGGAGAGCCUGGAUUACCUGGAGUCCCAGGUGAGCAAGGUGCACCAGGACCUGCAGGACUACAGGGUGCAAAGGGGGAGAAAGGAGCCCGAGGAGAGGCUGGAGCACCUGGAGAGACUGGUUUGAGUGGACCAGCAGGGCCCCCAGGUCCAAGAGGCUUGCCAGGAAAUGUGGGUGUGCCUGGAGGCCCUGGACUCCCAGGAAGGGCAGGAGAAAAGGGGGAAAAGGGUGAUCCUGGAAAAGAAGGAAAAGUGGGUUUACCUGGGCCGCCUGGUGAGCCAGGGCGUGCUGGAGAGCCAGGAUUGCCUGGGAAGGGUAAAGAUGGAGAAAGGGGGGAAAGAGGACCACCAGGCUUACCAGGACCCUUUGGACAUAAGGGUGAGAGGGGAGCUCCUGGCCUCCCUGGACAGCCAGGAGACAGAGGAGUGCCAGGAAUCGGCCUGCCUGGGCCCCCUGGCCCUGCAGGACCCCCAGGAGACAAAGGGUCACUGGGUCCCCGUGGUGUACCUGGUAUCCCUGGACCACAGGGGCCUCCUGGCCAGGAUGGUGUACCUGGAAAUCCAGGGGAAAGAGGACCUCCUGGAAAACCUGGUUCCCCACCCCUGCUCACUCCAGAGGAUAUAAAUCUCCUAGUAAAGGAUGUGUGCAGUGAGUGCCCUCCUGGCCCACCAGGACUGCCAGGCAUCCCAGGUUUCAAAGGGGAUAAAGGUCUCCGAGGACCACCAGGUAGAGAUGGGCAGGAUGGGAAAACGGGGAUUGCUGGUCCCAGAGGUCCUCCAGGCCCACCUGGGCUCGAUGGCCCAAAGGGUGCUAAAGGAGACCGUGGUAUGACUGGGGAAGUAGGAGAAAAAGGUGAACAGGGCCACCCUGGAAUGCCUGGCUUCUCAGGGGCUCCUGGAAACCCUGGUCCACCUGGAUCAGAUGGGGCACCAGGACCAAUAGGACCAGCAGGAAACCCAGGAGACAUGGGCAAAGAUGGUCCCCCAGGCCCACAGGGCCCACCAGGGCUGCCUGGACUCCCAGGCAUCGCUGGGAAUGAUGGCAAGGAUGGCAAACCAGGAUCUCUGGGGGAGCCGGGCAAGCCUGGAGAACAAGGGCUCCCAGGCCGGGAGGGUGCCAGAGGAUUGCCGGGUUUCAAAGGACAGAGAGGAGAUACAGGUCCCCCAGGUCCCCGGGGGGAGCCAGGUGUGAUGGGUCCUGCUGGUCGUGAGGGGCCACCAGGGAAGGAUGGUGAUCCUGGUCCCAUCGGUCCACAGGGCCCUCGAGGACUGCGAGGGCAGCCGGGCAAGAAUGGAGUGCCUGGAUCUGCAGGAGAACCCGGCCCUGCUGGCAUCCCAGGCCCCAAGGGAAAUAAAGGAGAAACAGGCAGCCCAGGACUCCCUGGCUUUAUAGGACCCAGAGGACCACCUGGAGAGCCAGGAGAGAAAGGUCCUCCUGGAAAAGAGGGCACACCAGGGAAACAGGGUGCAAUUGGCUCCAAAGGAGAGAGGGGUGAGCCUGGCAUCAAAGGUGAAAAAGGCCCUCGAGGAGAAAAAGGUCCUCCAGGUGAUCCUGGGAUACCUGGUCAUAAGGGCCAUCCAGGACUGAUGGGUCCCCACGGGCCUCCAGGAGACACUGGGCAAGUUGGACCUCCUGGGCCUCCAGGACAGCCAGGAUUUCCAGGACCAAGGGGAGAACCCCCAUCUCUAGAGACUUUGAGGAGACUCAUCCAAGAGGAGUUAUCCAAGCAGCUAGAUGCAAAGUUACCCUAUAUCCUGGCUCAGAUACAGCCUGCACAGGUAAAAGCAUCCCAUGGCAGACCAGGACCUCCUGGUCCCCCUGGGAAGGAAGGACUCCCAGGAAGAACUGGCCCUCCAGGAGAGCCUGGCCGGCCUGGACAGACUGGGUCUGAAGGGCCACCUGGACCCAUUGGUCCCAAAGGAGAAAGAGGAGCAAAGGGUGAGAAAGGAGACACUGGCAUUGGCCAACGAGGGGAAAUUGGUCCUCCAGGAAUUCCAGGCCUCCCAGGGGAGCCUGGUUAUGCCAAAGAUGGGAUGCCAGGGCCCCCUGGCCCUGCAGGUGAAGCGGGUGUGCCGGGUCUGGCAGGGCCCCAGGGCCCCCCGGGAGCCAGUGGACAGUGCGACCCCUCCCAGUGCGCCUACUAUGCAAGCCUGGCUGCCCGGCCCCCCAAUGUCAAAGGGCCAUAGCCUGCAGGGAGCACCCCAGACUUCUUUUGAAAACUUGAAUUCCUCACACCUGCCAACAGCUCUCCAAUGUCUUCAGCUGUGUUUCUUUUGCGGAAGGCCUUCUAAAGCCAACAAAUGCUGCCGUGAGCAGAGUACAAGACAUGAGCUGCAGUCUCAGAUCAAGACCCAUGUUUGUACUCACCCAGAUUUUAGUCAUCAAA